AUGAAGUGGUCGGAGGUCCGGCUCACUUUCAGCCAGGCCGACCACCCCGGGUGCAUCAGACACCCUGGUCGCUACCCCAUCGUGGUCGAACCCACGGUGCAAAACAUACGACUGGGCCGAGUAUUCAUCGACAGGGAGAGCUCGAUCAACCUCCUCUUCGUCGACGCGCUGGGCACCCUACAGAUUCCAAGGAGCUUGUUGAGGCCAUCUCCACCCUUCUUCGGGAUCACCCCGGGCUCUUCAGCUAAGCCUCAGGGCAAAUCGAGCUGCCCAUUACCUUCGGCUCGCGGGACAACUUCAGAACCGAAAGGACGACCAUCAAUGGCCCAGUUCAUGGCCAUUUCCCACUAUACAUACCAAGCGAUCAAAAUCCCUGGGCCAGCAGGGGUCAUCACCAUUGUUGGCAACACCAAAAUGGCCAAGCACUGCGACAAGAGGAGCCUCGACAUGGACGAGCUGACACCUGGAUCACAACCUGUGACUUGUGAUCCUAUUGGGCGACCAAUAAAGGUCCAUGUCAUCGCCAGCCCAGACGAUCGGCUCAAGGCAGUGAGCCUGGACGACACCGACCCGACCAAGACGGUCCAGAUACGGGUCGCAUUGGACCCCAAAUAG